GGGGCGUGUGAGCGGCUCUGUGCUGCGCGUGCACGCGGUCCACGCGCGGCUCGGCCCGGGGCCACUGCGCCGCGCGGACUGCCUCGCCCGAGCGGGUCUCGGCGCUCCCGCCUCGCCGCCGCGGCCGCCUCCGUCCGACGCUCGGGGCCCCGCGCGGCACGGGGAGGCCGCCCUCUCGCGUCUGCGGCCGCGCGGGGAGCCGAGCCGGGUGAGAGGCGGCGGACCGCCCGGGGGCCGCGGGCCCGCGCCCCGCUGCCGCCCGCGAUGCUGCUCUCCAAGUUCGGGUCCCUGGCGCACCUCUGCGGGCCGGGCGGCGUGGACCACCUCCCGGUGAAGAUCCUGCAGCCAGUCAAGGCGGACAAGGAGAGCUUCGAGAAGGUGUACCAGGUGGGCGCCGUGCUGGGCAGCGGCGGCUUCGGCACCGUCUACGCGGGCAGUCGCAUCGCCGACGGGCUCCCGGUGGCCGUGAAGCACGUGGUGAAGGAGCGGGUGACCGAGUGGGGCAGCAUCGGCGGCGCGGCCGUGCCCCUCGAGGUGGUGCUGCUGCGCAAGGUGGGCGCGGCGGGCGGCGCGCGCGGCGUCAUCCGCCUGCUGGACUGGUUCGAGCGGCCCGACGGCUUCCUGCUGGUGCUCGAGCGGCCCGAGCCGGCCCAGGACCUCUUCGACUUCAUCACGGAACGCGGCGCCCUGGACGAGCCGCUGGCUCGCCGCUUUUUCGCUCAGGUGCUGGCCGCCGUGCGCCACUGCCACAGCUGCGGGGUCGUGCACCGCGACAUCAAGGACGAGAACCUGCUGGUGGACCUGCGCUCGGGCGAGCUGAAACUCAUCGACUUUGGCUCGGGCGCGCUGCUCAAGGACACGGUGUACACCGACUUCGACGGCACCCGGGUGUACAGCCCCCCCGAGUGGAUCCGCUACCACCGCUACCACGGGCGCUCGGCCACGGUCUGGUCUCUGGGCGUGCUGCUCUACGAUAUGGUGUGUGGGGACAUUCCCUUCGAGCAGGACGAAGAGAUCCUCCGAGGCCGCCUUUUCUUCCGGAGGAGGGUCUCCCCAGAGUGUCAGCAGCUCAUUCAGUGGUGUCUGUCCCUGCGGCCCUCGGAGCGGCCCUCGCUGGACCAGAUCGCUGCGCACCCCUGGAUGCUCGGGGCCGAGGGGGGCCCUGCGGAGAGCUGUGACCUGCGGCUCUGCACUCUGGAUGUGGACGACGGGGCCAGCACCACGUCCAGCAGUGAGAGCUUGUGAGGAGGAGCCCGGGCCUGGCUUGUGGGAGCCGGAGGGACCGAUCCCGCCUGGGCUGUCUGCCUCUUGCAAAAGCAGUGACCUCUGACUCCCGGUGACCUUUGCCUUUGGCACCGGGCUGUUUUCUUUGCUUUGAGUGCCUUUUCGAACGCUGCUCUCACGGGACUUGGUCUUCUCAAGCUUUGUCUGUCCAAAGACGCUCCGGUCGACGUGAGGUCCGGCCUGGGCCGGGCAGGUGCGCGACCCCGAGACUGUCCCUGUCUUGCGCUGCUCUGGGAGGCAGCCGUCCCGGCCCUCAGCGCCUCCCCCGUCGGACCGUGUUGGACCAGGAGCAUGUCCUGUGGCCUCAUGUCACCGGGGGCUCAGGCUCCCUUGUGCCCACCCCCCCCCCCCCCCCCCCCCCGCGCCCGCCCGCCUCCCGUGUUCGUCCGGGCAGGUCUGUGCACAAGCAAUGCAACGUCGGGGCUCGCUCCCUGUGCGCGCGCCUGCAGGCGGGGUGUGCGCGCUAGCGCACGUCUAUUUAUGGUUUUGACCCUGAGGAGGGCUAUUUAUUGUUUAAUUUAUUUGUGGAGGUUCCCUCCUGCCUGCGCCCCCGCCUUCUUCAGGCCCCGGAGUGGGGGGCGUGGCUGUGUGCGCGGACCCCAGGUCCUGAUCCUACCUGCGUCUGUCGGAAGAUGGACUUGUACAGUGGCUAAUUUAAGGGGCGAGGGAGACUCCGCCCCCUGGGGCUCUAUGCCUCGGGGGGAGCGGGGUGGGGGUGGGUUUUAAAUUAUUGACCUUGUACAGUCUGCUUGUUGGCUCUGGAGGCCGGGGGGUGGGGGGGCAGAGUCUCAAGCCUUUAAUUUAUUGUAGCAGCUGUGUUUCCGUGAUCCCGGUGUGCGUAGGCAUCGAGGAUGGGGGUUUCUUUCAGUUCAAAAGUGAGAUGUCUGGAGAUCAUAUUUUUUAUACAGGUAUUUCAAUUAAAUUGUUUUGUACAUAACA